GGGCGGCGCGGGCGGCGCGGGCCGCGGCGCGGGCUGCCUGCACGUGAGCCCCGGCUCCGCCGCCGGCCGCCGCCUCUACCUGGGCCAGGCCGUGCUGCUGCCCUUCCUGCCCAUCGCCGCGCUGAUCGCGCAGAACUGCGCCACCAUGGCCAACGUGACGCGCAACAACCAGGUGGCGCACGCCAUCAACCACCAGAUCGAGCUCACAGUAGACGUAGUGCGGCUGUUGACAGCGCUUCAGGAAGAGCGAGCCAGGGUUGCCUAUGUGGUUAUGAACGAUCUCAACAGAACAGAAUUGCUGUCAGCGUUUUACGAGACAAACGCGACCAUUCAGAGAAUGCAAUGUCACACAUGGGGAGAUGUCAUCAAAGAUGAAGAGGCGCUGUGGCACCACCUAGAUGCCCUCAGCGCCAAGAGAGGAGAGGUUCUUAAUCUGACAGGCUGGGCGGAGGGCCAGGGCCAGAGCGCCGUGGCCGAGGAGGAGGCAGCCCUGCGCGCGCUGCCCACCAUCCAGUGGUACUCGGAGGCCACGCAGCACGUGCUCGACCAGCUGGGCCGCAUCGUGCGCGACACCAACACCGGCGGCGUCUGGCGAGAGGCGUGGCUGGGAGACCCAAUGGGAGGUGGUAAUGUGCGCGGCGCGUGCGGCAGGCUGCUGGUGGCGUACAAGAGCAUCCUGAGCGCAGUGGAGCACCUGAGCGCGGCGUCCGUGUACGGCCUGGGCUACUUCAGCGCGGGCCACCUGCCGCCGUCGGCCUUCGCGCAGUUCGUGUACCACGACUCGCUGGGCAGGGACUACCUGGCCGCCACGCGCCAGUUCACACGCGCCGCCGCGCGCGGCCCCGCCCGCGCCCUCGCGCUCGCCCUGCCCCNGUGACUGUGUGCGCAGGCGCUCCGACAUCUACAGCAACGAGCGGCGCUUGCCCGACCCCGCCACGGCCACCGAGUACUUCGCCUACAUGCUGCACGCCGUGCGCGAGCUGCGCACCCUUCAGGACACCCUGCGCCACAUCAUCGCUGACCAAGUAGCAGAGGACCUCAGCCACGCGAGUCGUCAGCAAGCAAUUGCCAUCACCCUGCUGGUAAUGGUGCUUGCCAUAUCUCCAGUUAUCAUCUUGCUCGUCCGUAACGCCACACACACAAUCCAGUCGUUCGCGGCGAAGCUGAUGCUGCGCACGCAGGAGCUGCACUCGGAGAAGCACAAGAGCGACAGCCUGCUCUUCCAGAUGCUGCCGCCCGCCGUGGUGCGCCAGCUGCGCCUGCAGCGACAGGUACCAGCGGAAAAUUUUGAAUCUGCCACCAUUUUCUUCAGCGACAUCGUGGGUUUUACGCAGCUGGCUGCGCUGAGUUCUCCAAUGGAAGUGGUCACGAUGCUGAACACACUCUACAGGCUGUUUGAUUCCAGGAUACAGAAGUAUGAUGUAUACAAAGUGGAAACUAUUGGUGACGCAUACAUGGUAGUUUCAGGAUUGCCUCAAAGAAACGGCAACAAGCACUCCGGGGAGAUCGCCACGAUGUCGCUGGACCUGCUGCACGCGCUGCGCUGGUACUCCAUCCCGCACCGGCCGGCGGAGCGGCUGCAGGUGCGCGUGGGCAUCAACACCGGUCCGUGCGUGGCGGGCGUCGUCGGCACCACCAUGCCGCGCUACUGCCUCUUCGGCGACACCAUCAACACCGCCUCGCGCAUGGAGUCCACAAGCGAGGCAAUGAAAAUUCAUAUCAGCCAACAAACAAAAGAUUCAUUGGACCUUUUAGGUGGAUAUAUAAUGGAACAUAGAGGCCAAAUGGAAGUAAAGGGCAAAGGAUUAAUGGACACUUACUGGUUACUUGGAAAAGAAAAUGAUAUCACAUUUUCUGUCGAAGAUGAUAUAGCAAAAUUCAUCCAAGAUACAACACCUGAAUACAUUCAUAUGAUUGGCAACAGCUCUCCAUGAGUGUGAUUUAGGACUGAUACCUUGGCUAUUUUAAUGUUUUGAAUUUCGUGGUACACAAAAUAGUAGUAACAAGAAAGAGGUGAAAAUAAAAUAACUCAGAUGUUGAAGGAAAUGUUUUACUGUAACACAUAAUUACUUUUUGUAACGUUAUAUUGAUAUUUCGUUUUGUGAAUGAAAACAAAAAUAAAUAAACAAAAUUGGAGAAUAUAACUACAACCCUUCUUCAAACUUUUUUUUACCUGCAGAUGCCAAUAAGUCGUU